CCCACCCACGUGAGCAGUGUAACAAGAAAAAAGGUUACAUUGUAGCGGCGAGGGAACGGCGCGCGCUGGGGCGAGGGGGGGACACGGGGGCACGCCGCACGUGUGAAAAGGAGUGGCGGCACCCGUGUGUGGGGGAGGAUGCCUCGUUGCUAAAUUCGGAUCCAAGGAUCCGCAGCCUGGUGCGAGCCAUUCCUGUGUCCCACUUCCGCUGCUUGGCAUACCGGCUCUGGUUGGGCCCCCUCCAGCAAGGCCGGCCGAGCCCAUGGCCGGCGGAGGGUGGCCGGUGCCUGGCGGCAAUUUCCUGUCCCCUCAGCCGCCGCCGGCUUCUUCUGCCCAACUGGAGCAGCCUGUUGUGGCCUCCACGGCAGAGCCCGACCCGGACCAGUGGCGGCAGUACCAGGAGAGCGACCGGUACUGGGCGCUGCGCAAGCAGUUCAUUUUUCGCAAUCUGCCGGACUACCCGGGUGAGAGGAUCGAGAAACUGCUGUCGUUCUCCCAGGUUUGGACCAACCACAUCUUCAUGGGAUGCAGGUAUGGCUCUCAAGUUAUGGAGAAAGUCCUCCAGAUGGCUGAAGGGAUCGACAUUGGCAAGAUGCCAUCAUUUGAGCUGGUGCCCGGUGCUAAGGCAACAAAAAGACCACAUUCACCCGUUGAUGAUUCUUCUCGCAGUUCUGAACCACCAAGAAAACAACCUCCCAAAUUCCGUGUCAGACCUCGUUUUGAGCCCAUACAUUUUGUAGCCAGCAAUACAAAAGAUGAAGGAAAGGAACAGCCUUCCGAAAACCAAACACAGGAUGCCAGUGAGAAUAUCACAACCCAACAGAUACAAAACUACGCAGAUCGGGUCUUCAGCAGCUUCAGUACACAGGAUGGAGACUCCCAGUUUUCCAGUUCAGUAGGUUUAGGCUACACAAGUAGCCAAGCCAACCCAGUAGGAGCCAAUGCGGUUUCCAACAGCAAAGACACUUCUGCAGAUACUGGUACAGCAGUUUCAGCCUCUCCCUCCGUUCUCCAGUCCACCUCUGAAACGUUCCCCAAGUCAGUUAUAACAGCCAAGCAGAGUUUUAUUAACAAACUUGUAGCAGCUGUGCGUAAGAACCUUGCACAUCCCAAUUGGCCUGAUAAAAUUAACUACACUUUCCUUUUGACGCGAUCCAUACAGGCUUGCAAGACAAAUCCUGAGUAUAUUUAUUCUCCCUUAAAAGAAAUUUCUCCUAGUGACCUCCCCAAGAAUAAGAAGCUUCUGAAAGAAGGUUUUGCAUGUGAAGUGAGGUGUCAGAAUGUGUAUUUGACUACAGGGUAUGCUGGGAGCAAAAACGGUUCCAGGGACCGAGCUACAGAACUGGCAGUAAUGCUGCUUCAGAAGGCUGUGGAAGUCAGAGUUGCACAGCGGAAGUUCAAGAACACCACCCGGGAGGAUUUAGUGCUGUGUGAGAGUGGCACAUCUCCAGAAUUCCCACCGGCUCUCAAGCAGUUGGAUGACUUUAUUGCUGCCAUGAAAGAAUGCGGGCCUGGGCAGCCAAACUCUGAUCCACAACAGGGCCCCAGCUCAACUAAACAUUGGACUAACUUUGUCCUCACGGAAAAUGCCAGCGAUGCGAUUGGAAUACUGAACAAUUCAGCCUCCUUUAACAAAAUGACCGUUGAAUACAAAUAUAUCUUAAUGCCGAACCGCCUGUGGCGCUGCAGAGUCUACUUGCAGGACCACUUUUUAGCUGAAGGUUAUGGCACCAAGAAGACAAGUAAGCAUGCUGCUGCAGAUGAGGCUCUAAAAAUUCUUCAGAAGACUCAGUCUAAUGCAGGAGCCACCAAGACCGUCCAGGUUCAGAAAGUAGGCAGUGCUGGACGAGAUCCUGGGAAGAAGAAAGACCUGAAGGAUCUUGUUGUUUACGAAAACUCUAUGAAUCCUGUUUGUACGCUGAAUGACACAGCUCAGUUCAACAAGAUGACUGUGGAGUAUGUAUUUGAAAGGAUGACAGGAAUGCGGUGGAAAUGCAAGGUGAUGCUUGAGAAUGAAUUGAUAGCUGAAGCUAUCGGAGUUAAGAAGACGGUCAAACAUGUGGCAGCAGAGGAAGCAGUGAAAGUCCUCAAAAAAACCCAGCCAACUGUCGUGAACAACCUGAAAAAAGGCACCAUUGAAGAUGUAAUUUCAAGGAAUGAGAUUUGUGGUCGCUCGGCAGAAGAAGCUUUGAAACAGCAGAUCAAGGAAGACAAUAUUGGGAAUCAGAUUUUAAGGAAAAUGGGCUGGACGGGCGGUGGCUUGGGCAAAAGUGGGGAAGGGAUUCGGGAACCGAUUGCUGUGAAGGAGCAGUUCAAAAGAGAAGGACUUGGGCUUGAUGUUGAAAGGGGGUCAAAAAUUACCAAGAAAGAUAUUGAGCAGAUCAUCCAGAAUUAUGCCUUCUCAGACAGUAAGAUUGACCUGACUUUCUCCACAGAACUGACAAAUGACGAGCGCAAACAAAUACAUCAGAUAGCCCAAAAAUAUGGGCUUAAGAGUAAAUCCCAUGGGCAGGGCCGAGACAGGUAUUUGGUGGUUAGUCGAAAGAGGCGCAAAGAAGACUUGUUAGACCAGCUAAAGCAAGAUGGUCAAGUUGGCCAUUAUGAACUCAUCAUGCCCCAGGAGAAAUAAGGUUUGAGCAUCACAUAUUCCUUUGGGGGAUGCCCAUACACACAAUUUCCCAUUAAAGAAAGAAGGCUGCAUAUGGUUGUGGGCUGGAUUUUUAAAAAAUGUUUUAUUUGUGCAUUUAAUUUCAAAAACUUAAUUAGAAAAAGGUUAGAACUUUAAAGUCUGUCCAAACUUACUUAGUGCAGUCCAGAUAACAUUAGUGCAAUUAACUGUUGUAUGAUGUGUUGGAGAUUAUUUGUUCCCUUCAUAUUUUACUAGUUUUGUAAUAGAAACAACACAUCCAGCCAGAGGGAAAUUUCACACCAUUUUUUUGGAACAGGAUAAUUUCCAUGUCUUUAUUUUACCUUUUUAAAAAUAAAAGUUU